UCAAAGCUCGCCGCUUGUGCCUUGCUCAAGCUCAGAUCAAGACUUCAGCUCUCAAGGCUUUUCCUCCCCUCGCCUGUUCUACCCUCUCGGGUCGCGUUGGCACGAGUGAUCGGUCCGCUUCUCCUUCUCCUACGCUCACGCCUCGCUCCCCGCGAGAUCUAUUCCCAAGAACCAUGGUGAACGAGGGCGAAUGGGAGCUGAAGCCGCACCCCGUGAUUCCCCGCGGGAAGCCGCUCGUGCUCAUGAUCCUCGACGGGUGGGGCGAGAAUGUCGAGGACGACUAUAACGCGAUCUACAAGGCCAACUGCCCGCACAUCAAGGCGCUGCGCGAGUUCCGCCCCGACCGCUGGCGCACCAUCAAGGCGCACGGCAAGGCCGUGGGGCUGCCGAGCGACGGCGACAUGGGGAACUCCGAGGUCGGGCACAACGCCAUGGGCGCCGGCAAGGUCAUCGACCAAGGAGCGGCUCUGGUGGACCGCGCUCUGGAGUCGGGCGACAUGUUCAAAAGCCCGGGCUUUAACUACGUCAAGGAGGCGUGGGUCAACGGCGGCACGUUCCACAUGCUCGGGCUGCUCAGCGACGGCGGGGUGCACUCGCGCUACGACCAGGUGAUCGGGACCAUCCACGGUGCGUGGGAGCACGGCGCGAAGCGCAUCCGCGUGCACGUGCUGACGGACGGCCGUGAUGUGCCGGACGGGUCGUCGCUGCAGUUCGUCGCACAGCUGGAGAAGGACCUCGAGCUGCUCAGGGGGCAGGGCUGCGACGCCAAGAUCGCCUCUGGCGGCGGUCGCAUGCGCGUGACGAUGGACCGAUACGAGGCGGACUGGAAUAUCGUGGAGCGCGGAUGGCACGCGCACGUGCUGGGCGACGCGCCGUUCAAGUUCAAGUCGGCCCUCGAGGCGCUGAAGAAGAUCAAGGAGGACGACCCCUCUGUGAACGACCAGUACUACCCGCCGUGGGUGGUGGUGGACGACGACGGCAAGCCCGUGGGGCCUAUCGUGGACGGCGACGCUGUCGUCAUCUGGAACUUCCGCGCUGAUCGCGUCAUUCAGAUUUCCAAGGCGUUCGAGUACCCUGACUUCCACCAGUUCGACCGCGUGCGCUACCCCAAGGUGCACUUCGCGGGCAUGAUGCAGUACGAUGGCGACCUCAAGCUGCCCGCAAACUUCCUCGUCGCGCCGCCCGUCAUCGAAAAGACCUCCGGGCAGUACCUCGUCAAGAACGGCGUGCGCACCUUCGCUUGCAGUGAGACCCAGAAGUUUGGUCAUGUGACCUUCUUCUGGAAUGGCAACCGCUCGGGGAAACUCGAUGACGAGCUGGAGACUUACUACGAGGUGCCCAGCGACAACUGCCCAUUCAACGAGAAGCCCCUCAUGAAGGCACGGGAGAUAGCAGCCGCUUGCAAGGAGGCGAUUCUGUCGGGGAAGUACGACUACGUGCGGCUGAACCUGGCCAACGGCGACAUGGUGGGGCACACUGGCGUGUUCGAUGCCGUGCUCGAGGCGUGCCAAGCCGUGGACGGGAGUGUCAAGGAGCUAUUGGAUGCGGUGGAGCAGGUGGGCGGCAUCUAUUGUCUGACAGCGGACCACGGCAACUGUGACGACAUGGUGCAGCGCAACAGCAAGACGCACAAGCCCAUCCUCGGGCCCGAUGGCAAGCCAGAGCCCCUCACCUCGCACACCCUCGCCCCUGUGCCUCUUGCCAUCGGUGGUCCCGGGCUUCCAGCCAACAUCCGGUUUAGGCAGGACAUGCCCAAUGCGGGCCUCGCCAAUGUCACCGCCACCUUCAUGAACCUGCUGGGAUUCGAGGCUCCUGAGGGCUAUGAGCCGUCCAUGCUCGAGGUUGUUCCAUAGUUGUUUCUGUACGAUGGCCAUGCAUACGAUAUGUUUUGUGUUUUAUGAAAAUCAUUAUGCCUAGUCCUUUCGAAAUGGAUGUUAGGAGUAGGAAGUGUAAAGUGGAACAACAAAUAGAAGUGAAGCUUGGAU